UCAAUUCUUCCAUUAAAUAUUCCGCAAUAUGUUUUUCAUUCAUUUUUAAAAUCAAAUUUUUAUACACGUGAUGGACUUCAACAUGGCCGACUUGUUUACCCCAAGUAGCACACUCUUUUUCUUCCGAGCGUAGCCGAGCCACGGCGCUGAAGUUGCCCAAAAUCGCCGCGAUUAAUUUAAAUGAUAAUAACCAAACAAAAUUUUUUGUAUUAAUUUAAUCAAUGAAGAUGUUUUAUUAGUAUAUUUUAAAAAUUUAUUUAAAACGUUGGCACCCCCGACAAUUUGGAAUCGCUGGUCGAUGCUGAGAACCAUGAUUAGUAUUAAUCAUAGCAUCGAGAUUAAAAAUUACAAUAGAUUAAAGACACUAAUUAAGAAUAAUGCUAAAGGUCAUCGUCAGAAGAAGGCCAAAGUAUUCUCAUGGAAUGACAUUAAGAAGUUCAUCGAUAAGGCACCGGAUGAUGGUUAUUUAAUUGAAAAAGUUGUUGCAAUUUUCGACAUUGCUGGAGCAAUGAGAGGUGGAGAAUUUCCUGACUUACGAGUACAAGACAUCGAAGAUACUGGCAGUCAGCUGAUUGUUACCAUCCUGAAGACAAAAACAGACUAUCCUCGCACUUUUGUAAUUGGCCCGGAAUACCGCAGUAAAAUUUUGCAGUAUAAAGCUCUACGACCUAAGGACUCAAAUACGGAUAGUUUUUUGACAUAUUGAUAAAGCACCAAAAUGUUGACAAAGCAAUCAGUAAAAUAAGUCAUCUACAUAAACAAUUUUUUAAUUGAAAUGACUUUUUUAAGACGAAAAAAAUAAGUCAAAUUUCCUAUGACUCCUAAGACCGACAUCUGUAUGUCUUAUUUACAUAAAAAAAAAACUUGAUUUUGAAACAAAAAAAUUUGUCUUGUCUUUUGAAAAAACAUUUUUGUGACAAUACAUUUUUAUAGCAAUCUUAAGGGGUAACGGUAACCGAUUUUCAAUUCAAUUUAAUUUACGGACAAACACUAGAACCCUAAAAUAGAGAGUCUUUAGCGUUUUUUAAAUCCUUAACAGAGGGCUAGAAAUUUCGAAUUUUCAAAAAUUAUAAUUUGUCUCCGAGAAAAAUUGUUUUAAAAUUCUCAUUUACUUAACGAGUGCAACAAAGAUAGUCCCGUUUAUUUUUCUGAGUCUGAGAAAGAGGUCCGGUAGCGUAUCCCCUUAAGAUUACCAAGUAAUUAUCCAAGCCUGGUUACCAGUACACUAGAUGUCUACGUCACAUAACUAUCCCGCUCGACAUGAAUGUCGGAAAGUCAACUCAUUGAUAUCAUAAAUUUAUCUAAAUAAAUUAUGUUAUCUUUCUGAUAUCAAAGAAAUAUCAUUCAGACAUUCAUGCCGAGCGUUAAGGAUCUUGCUGCAGACACCCGUACAAACUUUUAAAUUGCAAGUCCUAUAUAUACAAGAUUUUAACAAAUAAAAAGAGCGUAGAGGUGAUUGAAAGUGAGUGCGGUACCCGAAAAAAAUCGAGCAACAAUAGAGCACCCUCAGCGCUUUCGCGCUUGAGGUGUGCAAAAUCCUUGUGUUAUGUUGUACUUCGAGAAUUGUGCAAGAACAUUUGAUUGAAAAUAUCUAGCUCAAGAUGAACUGGUGCGGCCACUUAAGCGAGUCUUGCAUCAGGAAUUACUUGCAGGCACUAACGCAUAUCUUGCACCAGAUCUACUCAAGAAGAAUCAUAUUACAUA